AAUUAUAAAAAUAAGUUUGCGGCAAGAGUGUUGUGAAAAUAUAACCUCCAUUUUGAUUAUUUUGUUUGUUGUUAGUUAAUUGUUGAUUUUAUAUAAGUGAAUUUUGGUUUUUUUGUAAUGGAUAAAUAUGACACUGAACCUAGGAGAAAAUUGGGAGGUCCUAUUUCUGGAUUGACGGACAAAGCUUUAGUGACCCCAAGCAUCCCAGAUAUUUCAUUUAUCAGCCCAAACAAUGUUCAUCCUAGAGCAGAAGUUUCUAAUAAUAAUAAUAAUAACAAUUAUAAUAAAAAAGCUCGACCUCCUAGAAGUGAAAAUUUCCAAAAAUUGAGGGCAAUAACCGAGCACUCGACUGAAGUAUUAAAAAAACAAGACAUUGGGAACGAUUUGAGGUUUAAAUUCUAUCAAAAGCUCAAGGAAAGUACCACUAGUAUCAUUCCUAUCAACUCUGGACAAAUAGCGCCGAGUAUUGAACCUAUUUACAGACACAUUUCCGGGCAUUUGCAGCAAAAUAAAUCACACAGACAAUUAAAUUCAAAUAAUUGUGUCAGUAGAAGCAAAAAUGACAUCCUGGAGAGUUAUAAUAAUUUAAAAUUAUUGAUGUCGUUGAUAAAAUCACAGAGUCAGCAAAUAAAGUCUCUGGAAAUUCAAAUAAAUGCUUUGAUAUCAAUUCACCAGAGAGAAAAAAUUAAUAGUGAAAAAAUUAAAUUAGCUAAAAAUGAUAGCCAUGAAGAUGCUAAAAUAUCAAUAGGUGUGAUGACAAGCUUAGAAUUUACUGUAAAGAAGAAACCUAAUGAAGCUAAUUUAAUUCCGGUGAUUGACUUGCCAUCACCUGGGCCUAGAAUUAACGAUCCAUUGUCAGUCAGAGUGAUGUCCUCGAAGCAUGGAGGCAAUUUUAAUACUUAUGGGGACAAUGAUUGCCGAAGCAAUGGUAGUCAGAGUGAUGAUGGUUGUGCCAAGCCAAAGGGGAAAGUUUCUUCCAAGGUUGGGUGGACCUUUUACAAUAACAUGAUGUGUCAGGUUAAUGAAAUGCUUGACACUCAGAAUGAUGGUCAGUCCCAGCAACAACAUCGUUAUCAGACUCAACAGUCGAUUAUUAAUGACAAGGGACAGCAGAGGUCUAUGAUGCAGCAGUGGAAGAUAUUUAAGGCUACCAUGGCUACUGGGUUGGGUGAUGAUAAAAUUAUUUCUAUUGAUGAAAGAAUGAACUACGACUCGUCAUAUUAUCCAAAAGUAAAUUACCAAACCAACAUAGUCCAAACAACAAAUUCAAUAGUCGACGACAAUACGAGUAUCCAUAUGCAAGCUCUAGCAUUAAAAUAUCUCGGGCACAAUAGUGAGAGCCCCAAUUUACAAACAUUGACUAAAUUAAUGAGCGUUAUCAGUUCUCCCAUUAAUGACGGUGAUAAUUAUAAUAAUAACACUGAUAAAUUAUUAAAUAAUAUAAUAAACGAUGAACGGUAUCGUCAAUUAUUGCAUUUAGAAGAUAAUUCAGUGUAUAAUUAUAAAGGUAAAAAACAGAAUCGACAAAAUCUAGAUAUUUCAGUAUUGAAGCGCCAACCGAAGUAUUUUUAAUUAAAUUAUUUUUAUAUUUGUAAUUUUUUUUUACUUUAAUAAAUAUUAUUAUAAAUUGU